CUGAGGCCCGGGAGAGGCAGUUGGAGAAGGGCCUGGUCUUUCUUCACAGCAAACUGGGAGGGAUUAUUUAGGAUCCUUUCCUUUCCUCUCCUACCCUAAUUCCAAGGGAAGGAGGACAAAGGUGCCUUCUGUCAAUACUCUUCUCUUCCAUCCCCACCUUACAGAUGCAUUAAGAAGCCUCAGGUGAGCAAUGGCAGGCGCUGGUGAGCGCAAAGGCAAGAAGGAUGACAAUGGCAUUGGCACAGCUAUUGACUUUGUGCUUUCCAAUGCCCGGCUGGUGCUGGGGGUGGGUGGAGCGGCCAUGUUGGGCAUCGCCACGCUGGCCGUUAAGCGGAUGUAUGAUCGGGCAAUUAGUGCCCCGACCAGCCCUACCCGCCUGAGCCAUUCAGGGAAGAGGAGCUGGGAAGAACCAAACUGGAUGGGCUCCCCACGACUGCUGAACAAAGACAUGAAGACAGGUCUAAGCCGGUCCCUGCAGACUCUUCCCACAGAUUCCUCCUCCUUUGACACAGAUACAUUCUGCCCUCCCCGGCCCAAGCCAUUGGCCAGGAAGGGCCAGGUAGACUUGAAGAAGUCACGACUCCGCAUGUCCCUGCAGGAGAAACUUCUUACUUACUACCGGAACCGGGCAGCCAUCCCUGCUGGAGAGCAGGCUCGGGCCAAGCAAGCUGCUGUGGACAUAUGUGCCGAGCUGCGGAGCUUCCUGCGGGCCAAGUUGCCUGACAUGCCACUUCGGGACAUGUACUUGAGUGGCAGCCUCUAUGAUGACCUACAGGUGGUGACAGCUGACCACAUUCAACUCAUUGUGCCCCUCGUGCUGGAGCAGAACCUAUGGUCAUGCAUCCCUGGUGAGGACACCAUCAUGAACAUCCCUGGCUUCUUCCUGGUUCGUCGUGAAAAUCCAGAGUACUUUCCUCGUGGUAGUAGUUACUGGGACCGCUGUGUAGUAGGGGGCUACCUCUCCCCAAAGACAGUGGCAGACACGUUUGAGAAGGUAGUGGCUGGCUCCAUCAACUGGCCGGCCAUAGGGUCCCUUUUGGAUUAUGUGAUCCGACCGGCACCAUCCCCAGAGGCCCUGAUACUAGAGGUGCAGUAUGAGCGUGACAAGCAUCUUGUCAUUGACUUCUUGCCAUCAGUGACUCUUGGUGACACAGUCUUGGUGGCCAGACCACACCGGCUAGCACAGUAUGACAACCUGUGGCGGCUGAGCCUACGCCCUGCCGAGACGGCACGCCUGCGGGCUUUGGACCAGGCCGACGCGGGCUGCCGAUCUCUGUGCCUCAAGAUCCUCAAGGCCAUAUGCAAGUCUACUCCGGCUUUGGGCCACCUCACUGCCAGCCACCUAACCAAUGUCAUUCUUCACUUGGCCCAGGAGGAGGCUGACUGGUCUCCAGAUGUGCUGGCCGAUCGUUUCCUGCAGGCCCUGAGGGGACUCAUCAGCUACUUAGAGGCCGGUGUCCUGCCCAGUACCCUAAACCCCAAGGUGAACUUAUUUGCAGAGCUCACCCCUGAAGAAAUAGACGAAUUGGGUUACACUCUUUAUUGCUCAUUGUCUGAGCCGGAGGUGCUGCUGCAGACAUAGGGCAGGCAAAGGCCAAAGCAGGUGUCUGGUGGUCAGGCCCUGGAUUCUCCGUUAGAAAUUCUUGGCUACAUAGUUGGUGCCUCAAAGGGUCCCUAGGUGCCUCCUGUCUUGCUGGUUAUCACCCUGGUCACUUCAUACUGGUUAGAAUGACAUCUCUUAAUCUCCUAUUUUCUCACCCAACACUUUUCUAUUUUUGUUACCAAACACUGUGCUCCCUACUCCCCCCUGCUCCAGCCUGAUUUUUCUGGAAUGAAUUGAGGAAGUGAAGUGCUGGCCUGAGCUGAUGAGACCAUUUGGUGUUUUGCAUUUUGGCCCAGGUUUCCUGCUUCUGUCUGCCCUGCCCUUUGGCCUUUUCCUAUUCACUGUGUUUUCUUUUUCUCUCUUGUCCAUGCCUUCUGUUUUGCUCUUGUCCCUGGAGCAUAUCUGCCUAAUUAAGAUGUUGCCUUUUAGUUGAAUGUCACUGAAGAGCUUUGAUGGCAUGCUUCUAAGCUGAACUCUGCAGAGUGAGUGCUGAAAUAGUAUUUAGGGUUUCUGGGGGUCAGGCUGGUGGAAGAGCUGGCCUUUGACCCUGGUUCCUGGAAAAGAAGUCCAUUCCUCCAUCUCCUGACCAACUCCCAUUCACAAGUACUGAGAAGUUCUCUCAUGGGAACACUUACUUACAGGAUAAACUGGAUGCAAAGUUAUCUGAAGCCUGUGUUUCUUAGUGGCCAUCAGAGAGUGCAGAGUGGGGGAACCAGAGCUGGUUAAGAGGGUCUGGUGGAAGGUUUGAGUGCCCAGUGUCCACUCUGCAUCUGUACCUGCAGGGGUUGUACAGACAGGGAAGGGGAUGCUGCUUCGCAUCCCUUUCCUUGCUUUAUUGCCAAUUAGGACAAGGCCUUGAAGGAACACAGCCUUAGCAGUAGAGAUUGAGGGAGGUCACCAGGAGGCUUAAUGACAACUGGAAGAUCCAGUCACCAUCUGGGGCUUGGUGACCAUGUUUUCUCCCCUGACAGGCCUUGUUUUCCUAGGAUUGCCUUAGAGCAAGAACAGGCCCCAUGGCCAGCCCUUCAUCCUCCAGUAUCUGCCAUAGGAAUGCAAGAGGGGUGUUAGCUAAACUCUUCGGUACUGCCAGAGGCGCAAGGGCAAGUGAACGUGCACAGACCUCUUCCCUGUCCUGUUUCUCACCCAGCACCUGGGGAGAUCGGUGCUAGCUAGGAAGAGAGAGUACAUGGAUAAAACAUACGAGAGGGAGGUGGGUACUUCCUCCUUUCCUUCUGUCCCGCUGCUAAAGUUGCACUAUUUUAUUGCAAUGUAAAUGUAUCCUGAAGGUGGGGAGGAAUUGUUUAAUACACCAUGUCAGUGGGUCUUA